UAGGUCUGGUCAUGUUGGAGGCAGAUGGGCAGCUCAACCCUCUUGCAACAAGAUUAGAGCAGGCAACCUCGUGCUUGCUUCUGCUUUGCUGUUGUCUGGCAAUUCCUACGCCAAGGUGGGGUUGAUGUUCAACUUCUGUAAUCUGCAGUAUUUCUGAUCAAUAUUAUUCAAUCAGUAUCAGAAGUUGUACAUCAUCCCUGCCAUUAAUGACUACUGGGAAGAACACAAACAGAAAUGUUGGAAAGAAAGAGAGAACAAAGAGGUUAUAUUGAGUGGUGAUGGAAGGAAUGACUCGCCUGGCCAUAGUGCACAAUAUUGUACUUACAGCUUGGCUGAUACCAAUGAUCGUGCCAUACUGCAAAUGAAUGUGGUUGAUGUGAGAGAAGCUGCUGGUAAGAGCAAUAAUAUGGAGAGGAUUGGGUUUGAAAGAGGGAUGGACACACUGCUUGCAUCACCAAUAGUUAUGAAGGAGGUGGUAACUGAUGGUCAUAUUGAAAUUGCUGCAUUGAUGAAAAGGGAAGAGAAAUAUAAGGAGGUCACACAUCAGAAUGAUGUGUGGCAUGGAGCAAAGAACAUUGCAAAGAAAAUCACUACUGCUGCUAAAUCUAAAGACAAUGCAGAUUUGACCUUGUGGGCACCAUCAAUAAGGAACCAUUUUUGGUGUUGUUCAAAAACAUGUGCUAAUGACUCAAAAAAUCUCAAAGUAAGAUUCACAUUGAAGUACUACUGGUUUUUUGCAGAUUUGACCUUGUGGGCACCAUCAAUAAGGAACCAUUUUUGGUAUUGUUCAAAAACAUGUGCUAAUGACUCAAAAAAUCUCAAAGAUAAGUGGAUUAGUAUUUUACACCAUGUUGUUGAUGAGCAUGAGUGGGUGUUGGAGGAAGGUGUAAAUGGUGGAAAAUGUGAACAUGAUCCUCUUAAUGAAAGUGAGAGAAAGAAGCCAUGGCUUAAGAAAGAGUCUUCUGCCCAUAAAGCACUGGCAAAGAUCAUUCUGGACACUCACUUUUUAAACACUUUGGUGUAUUAUGUUAACUUCAGGCACACAGGAUUUUUAGAGUCCUUUCAUAAUGUAAUUUUGAUGUAUGCUCCAAAGCGCCAUGCCUAUUCAUACUCAGUAUACCAAGCUAGAAACCGGCUUGCUGCCUUGGACUUUAACCACCACAGAGGCCGAGCACCAGCAACUACAGCUGAUGGGAAAGAAAGGUACGGUCGGAAGUUCAGUAAGCGUACACAACAGUGGUGCCGUGUUCGUGUUCUUGUACCAAAAGAAUUUAGUUACAUUCCUGAACUGAUGCAGAAGGUUUUUAUAAAGAGGAUCACAUCAGAAGGGAAUGUAAACAAAAGACUUGGUCUUAGAGUUUUUUGUUUCACCUUAUCCUUUCAAGACUUUGAAGUUAAAUAAGAAUCCGGGACAUAUUUCUAUUGUCCGUGGCAAGUAAUUAGCAAAAUUCAGCUCCGUGAAGCGAUUAAUGGCUAUUACUCUUAGAUACAAAAGCCUUCGC